CUCGAACUGGAAUCAUGUCAAAACGACCUAAGUUCAUUAACACUCGUAAGUCUUUAUAAUUUAUUUAUGAAUUUAUUAGAUGUAUGCUGCAUACACUUUAAGUACGCAUAUCAUCGUCUUCCUCAAUAAACUGAAUUGUUUGUGUGUUGCUUUUUAAAGGGCCAAGCUCAGGGCUCUCAAUACAAGGGGUUUAAGUGACUCGUGUAGCCCAAAUGACCUAUCCAAGAUGUUCGAUGUAAAAUCAGGAGUCACAAAGGAAUGCGCUCUAUCGCCAUUGCUGUUCAAUUGACAAAGACAAAGUAACAAAGGAUGGCAAUCUGAAGCCCGUGGCACUCAAGGAAUUGCUAUUUGUAGAAGUGUAGCAAAGCAUUCUUAAAAGCCUACGAGUUGAAUUAAACGUAGACGAAACAUAUUUAUGUUUUAUCUGUAUUAAUUUUUGAAAAUAUUUUCCGCACAGAAUUUCUUUGUGUAAAGCAUUUUUUUAAAGGCUGCGACUAUUCGCAAGCGGGUACCAGAAGUGAAAGGUUGGGAUUUAAAAAAAAAUUUAAAACAUUAAUGUUGGGUUUUUAGGCAAAAUGAGAUAUCACAUGAAAGAUAAUUGAAUGGACUAUAUGUUUGUAAAAUUACUUCUUCUGUUUAACUAAAAUAAAAGACAAAAGACAUCCGAAUAGCAUUUUGUCUAAUGGGACCCGGGUGCGAAUGGCGGCGCUGCGUGUCCGCUCUAUCGGAUUUGCUGAUGGAAGCUUUCCCCGCCCGAGGACGUACGCUUGACCUUAAACGCUGCGUUUGAAGCGUUCGCAGCCAACUCUAACAGGGAGUCAGGAUUGUAAAUGUUCGUCCUAAUAUCUUCCCCCUCCCAUCCCGGGGAAGUGUCAGACGCCCUAUAAGAGGGUUUCUAGAGUGGGUUUCCACCACGCAACUAUUUUGCGAAGUAGCUUGGACGAAACGGUUGCCUAGGAGGGCUGCUUAUUUCUCAGGGCUGCGUAUUUAGAAUCUUUGCCAAAAGCUUCCACCUUAGCCUCUUGCCUCAUAUCUAAUAGUGGCAAUUUGUAAUCAUGAUCCAUACUCUGAUCCCUGCCUUUAGUUCCAACUGUGAAGCGUCACAGUUGGCAACCCUGUAGGUGAUCGCUUUAUUCUGGCAGGUACCAUGCAUUCCUCUUGUCUGCCCACAAGGGAUACGCAAUGGUGGUCUUGUUACCCGGGUAACGUCGGGGUGGGGGGGUCUGGUGGCCGACGCCUCAAAAUCUGCAAGCCACCACAGACUUGUCACCCGGAUCCCCGGGGAGGUGCUAGAAGGGAUAAACCGCGAUCAACUGAGCGAGAGUUUCUCGUGUGAAAACAAAAAAACUGUGCUAUAAGGUUACAAACCGAAUGGAUUUGUGAAUAGAAAGAAAGCCUUUCAAAAAUUGCUUAAGGAGAUAGGAAUAAGAUAAGAUAACCAAUAUUGGUAUAAAUAGUGAAAUGGUUUUUCUUUAUAUUCAAAAUAUUUGUUUUUAGCAUAUUGAUCAGUGUUCUUACCGAGACAAUAUUUUAUAACUAUUAAAAUUUAAACAAAAGACAUCUAAGGUGCUUCUCACCAGCCCCAAAAUACAAUAAAACGUCAGUCCCUUAGUGACAACAUGGGCUUUAAAAUCGAUUAUUCUGACAGUUUGAGGGACAAAUGAACCUUUAAAUCUUUAGGUUCUAGUUUUGAGUGUUUGUGGCAAAAUAUUGAGUGUAGCAUGAAAAACAAUCCCUAGAACUAACGGGAAGCAAAAAAUUCAGGCCCUCUUAGAACAUGGACCUGAAAGAACUGGAAAAGCUGUGAGCAAAAGCUUGGGAAAAGGCGGUGAAAAAGAAAACGCCUGCAACUCAUGCAGAAUGUAAUCGACUAACGGCCGAAGUCCAAACUAUGGUCCAAAAAAGGCGAAACAAUAACAAUGGGACAAUGCGUGGGAAAAUCUUGACCACACGGACAGAAAAGAGUUAUGGCGCCAACUAGGUAAUCUCUUUGGAAAAAAAAAAGUUAUCAAACGGGAAUGUCUUAAAAGAGAGGACACCUACAUGAGACUGCCCUAAGUUGCACGCUAAUCCUUGCAAAUGUAAACGACCUGCAAGAAGAGUUGGAACGCCGAAUGCUAUAUUUUUGGAUGAUCCAGUGAUCUAGAGCUCGGUAAAGACGUGAAACCACUGCAAAUUUGGCUGCAAAACAACAGCGACAGAACAGAGGUCAAGCGGCCAGGUGGAAUGUCGUCGUUAAUACGGAAAGGGAAAAAUGGACGAACAAUCUUGGGAAAUACUUAGCAUGGGACAAGACUCCAAUAUACCUGGGAGGGAAGAUGGGUCAGGAGCUCCACUUCCAGAACCACGUACACGAACUGUGUGUCAAAACUGCGUUUAAGCUAAACUUGGUGCCAAAGCUUGCUUGCACCGACUGGAGAGUGGAGACCAGACUCCUAAGCGCUCUAUAAUCUGGGAGUGUGAGGGAAGCAAUGGCUUACAGCCUCAAUGCACAGGCCUUUGCAAGCCGCACGGCCCUGGAAUAUCUGGUCCGCAUUCAGAAUCAAGCCGUAAGAUUCGUAUGCAUGCGUUACGCACAACCCCAAAGGCCGCAGUAGAAAAAUAACUGAUGUAGAACCGCCCAAGUUAAGAAGGCAAAAAACAAUCAUUACAACGGUAGAACAAUACCGGAGUCUGGAUAGAAUGUAACCCUGCUUCCAAUUUCAAGAUCGAUGGGUAAAACGGAUCGGACCAAGCUUAAACGACCCUCCCUUAUGGUCUUGUUCAACGCACAAAAAAGCCUCACCAUACCCGUGACUAUGGAACAAUUGCGGCUGAUCCUGGCACGGGGUCAUCACGAAAGCUUUAACCUUCCUGAUAUACGUCUGACUCUGGCAAAUACUGCUGUCACAAAAGCCAAUCUUCCAGCAGAACCUCAGGGAGGAACCGCUAAAAAUGAUCGAUGCCUACUCGGACCAAAUGCUAAACGUCUUCGAAGAUGGUUUCUGCUUCGCCAACAAAAACUACUGCGGCUAAGGCGCACUCAUACAGUACCUAGGAGGGGUAUCUAAACCGAGAAUUUAUCAGGGCCCAGUGGCAAGAAUGGAACCAGCCUCGAUGCUGAACUAAAAACAAUACUGGCCGCUCUAAAAAAGUGCUUAAUUAGACAAAAUCUCACAUCCCCCCCCCCCUGAUAUUGUGGUCUUACCGACUCGCACUUUGCUCUAGGAAGCCCUACCGACAAGACUGACGUAAGGACCCAAUCUGUCGACACUGUGGCCUGACUGCUGAAACGGUAGCACCUGUGGUUUAUUUGCCCCGACAAUGGAGGCGAGGCCUGUGUUAAUGUUUUUAUUUACGACAAUGCCCACCAGAUGAGGCAAGCUGUUGUCAGAAAAGCCAGGGCAAUAGGAGCGUAAGCUCGGCCCCACAAGAAAAUGUGAAGUAUUUAAUACUUCAAAGGAAGUUUGUUUAGUUUGUGGGAUAUAACUAGCUUUAAUGAUUAGUCUAUCGCCAUACCUCCAUGGAACGCUGAAUUUCAGUAAGCUUCUGAUUGUUUUAAUAUAGAAUGAUUCUAAUUUGUUUGUUAAAGCCAAAAUUGUUUACUUUUUGGGAUAGAAAAUUGUUUGGUGGAAAUUUGUAAAUAUUGACUUGGGCUAUAGCCACAUCAAUGGCAGUUUUUUUUUACUAACGGUAACAUCUUGGUAAUUAUGUGUCUACUUGCUCUAGAGUGAGGUUGAUGAACUGAGCACCUCUCCCUCACUCUAAAACAAACUACAGCCAAAGUCAAGGCUACUACUCAAGUCAACCCUUGAUCAUCUUCGCAUCAACUAUAUGUAUUAUAUUUAUACUGUGAUUUUUUUUUAUUGAGGGGUCUUCAAUUGGUUGAGCUCCAACCAGAAAUUUAACAACAUUUCUUUGGUUUUUGAGACAUUCAACUUUAGAAAAUUUUCAUCACACUAACGGAUCAAGCGUGCAACUAAGUUGUGUUAUAAGCAUUCCGCUUCAGAUAAUAAGGCAAUAUUGGUGGUAUGCAUAGCAAAUUUCAUUAUUGCAUCAUUGUGGAUACAUGGGUAUAUAUAGUAGACAGGGCAGUAGAAAGAACACAACAUUUUGGCACUUCGGAACUUAUUUCUCUUGUUUCAGCUUGACAUAUUGACACAAGAAAGCAAGGAACAAAUGGAGUCAGCUACCAAAAAUAGCCCCACACUGAAAACAUCAAAAAAUAAAGAUGGAGACCAAUGCCAGGCUUAUUUACACCGUCUUUAUUCCAACGCUUACUUACCACAGUCAGACCUUGGCUCUGAUGAACAGCCAUGAUUGCAAGAUACUCACUUGUGAGGUGUUUAAGGCGAGCAGCUGAUAGAACAACAACCACAUUCGGAACCAGGAAAUAAAUCUAACAAUUGAUGCCGGCCCAAUAAGCCAGUGUAUGACACGACAGCAAAUUAAUUUGUUUGGUCACAUGGUCAAACCAACAGACUUAGGAGGUUUACAAUAGCGGGCACUCCGGUUUCAGAGCCAGCUGUUUCAGGGCCAUCUAUGGAUCGACUGUAUUGAGGACACCACUACAUGAACCUGAAGCAAGGGGCAUAACUAGCAGCAGAUUGCCAACCGUAACUGGCCGUCCCGCCUCCCCCCGGCAAAGCCAACACCAAGCGAGUUGGCCCGGGCUUUAACAAAACACAUCGAUAAUAACAGAACUCGUUUUUUGUUGUGAGCUUUCCUUUUGUUAUCAUCAAUUUAGAAUCUGCAUAAAAAGCUACAUUAUUUUUUUUUUCCUGUACUGAUGCAAACGUUACAGCAGACUUAACUUUCUUCGCUUAAUACAUCGUACAUUAUGUGGGUAUGAACAAAAGAAAGUUUUGUAAAUCGUAUCAAUUUUGUUUUUUUUUAAAUUAUGCUUUGAUACAUUAUUUUAACUGCAUACGUUUCGUUAAUGGUCACGCUUAAAUACUUUCCCCUUAUUUAUGAACUCUGGACAACAACAAAACAGAACAAGGGGGAGAAACUUCUGAACGGCCAUCAAAACAAGAAAAGUCUCUGUCACAAGGGGCAGGACCUUUCCCUAAACAUGAAUCAGAUACAGAACAAGGGGGAGAAGCAUGUGAACAGCAAUCAAAACAAAAAAAUAUUCUAUCAGAAGAAGAAGCAGGACCUUUCCUUAAACAUGAAUCAGACAAUGAACUCGUGCCUGCAAAAGAAAGGGCCAAAACUCGUAAGUACUAUUCUAUUUUAUCUGAAUUAUACCUUAAACAAAAUAAUUUAUAGCAAUUUUUUGUUAAUGUAUAUCAUUGCAAGGUUAUUUAUAUUUAGCUUCUUUUUAUUAAGCACUUUUAAAAUAAACCAACAACAUCUACAAAAAUAAUUUAAUCACACAUAAAAUAUAUUUCGAUGUAAAUAUAUGCACACAUUGAUUACUAUUUAACCAAACAGUAUAAUAAUGUAAUAUUAAAUCCUUUAUAUUAAAUUCACGUUUGUUUGUUUAGGUCAAAAUCAUUUGACGCCCAACUGACCCAUUUCCCGUUAACCUGUCAAGCUGAAACUUAGCACAUAAACUCAUUGCCAAAGACAACCCAUUAUAUACAAUUUUCAGCCCCACCCCAAAAUUCAAAAUCAGUUUUUUUCCAACGUUUCAUCGAAAAAAAACAACUAAAUGCGAUGACACUGAUUUCACAAAAUUAAAUUCCCGAUAACUGAGUUGAAUGAGAUCCUUUUUUCCCCCACGGGUGUCCAUCAAACUUUUAAUCAUUUAUAAUCUGAUGUUAUUUUAUCUUACCCCAUACGCCAGGAGAAAUGCUCUAGGCAUGUUUAUCACUGUGUAUAACGAGGGACACCACGAAUCGAAUUAGUGGGGAACUAUUGCCUUAAAAUUAUCCACGAACGAAUCAUUAAAUAUCACUGAAUCCUUAAAUGGGAUAAUCGAAAAGGAGAAGAUUUCCAUUUUAAAGGGGAGUCGACUUUUUCGUUUGUUUUUUUUUUGUUGUUGUUGUUUUUUGUUGUUUUUUGUUGUUUUUUUAAAUAAUAAAUUCAUGUUUAUCACAACACUAAUAAUAUAGAAUGUCCUCAGAACUAUAAAAAUAGUUUUUUGGUGAAUGGUCAAGAGGUGGCUUUGACUAAAUGAAUAAAUUAGCAGAAGCACCGUGUCCACUAGAACUAAAUUCUAUGGGUUUUUUUUAUUACGAUAAGAAUCAUGAAGAUUUUCAACUAUAACAAGCAAUAUGGUUUUGGAGAGGUGUGGGGAAUUUAAAAACAAAUAUGGCGUGGGGGAGGGAUGUCCCCCUGUAGCCAUUAAAUAUUUUUAUUGUUAUUAUUAGGUGGGGUUUUUUUAUAGCACAGUACCCCACCCCAGAGCUAGGCUCACUGUGCUUCACAUAAAAAUUAGCAAUUACAUUAUCGUAUACAUUUAAAACAAUAAUGGCUGAAAAGAUUGACCUCACCCACCCAAGUAACAUCUACCCCUAUCUCGCCAUGGACAGAACCCAGCAGAAUCGAGCGUUGUUUAUCAGUCAGGUGGGGUGAAAAUGUGUCUAUAGAGUUCAGUUUGAAGAGAUGGGUCUUGAUGGCAGUUUUAAAAGCGUGGAUGUUCAUUAUAUUUUUGAUGUGUAAUGGGGGAGAAUGCCAUUGUUUUUUGGGGCACAGAAAGGGAAAGAUCGUUCACCAUGUUUUAUAGUGCGUGUCCUGGGAACAGAAAAACACGCAUAUCUGCCGAGGAAUAAAGCUUUCGAAGGAGUGAAUAGACAGUAAUUAGUUCAGUAAGAUAGGAAGGGUAGGAACCAGAGAAAAAUUUGGGACACAGAACAGACAGCGUGUAAUUAAUGAGUGCCUGUAAAGGGAUAUAAUGAAGUGAGUGAAGUAACGGAGUGGCCUGUUUGGGGUUUCUUUGCCCUUAAGAACUAACAUAGCAGCUGACGUUUGGUGCGUAAUAUUUUCCUUUUUUCCCUGGAAUAGUUAAAUAUAUUUGCGUUUUAAUAGUGGGUAAGUCAUUAGGAUAUUUAAUAAAAUUCAGGGGCGUGAAAAGAUGUGUGGUUGCAAACCUUGGGUGGAAGGGGGGAGGGGAGCAUUAAUUUUGAUUCUUAUUUAGUGCAUUUACCCUAACUUGUUCUUUAUAUAUUAUUCGCUUGACUUGAACCAUCUCUCUACUUUUAAAGUUUCUUUUCAUGACCAUUACAAAUCAAAUAAAGCGAGUGGCAGAGAACUUGAAGAAACCGUGAUUAAUGCAUCAGAUGCAAGCAUUAUGAAUAAACAUUGUACGAAGACGCCAUCAAAGAGCUUAGAAUUCCAGGUAAAUUAAAUCAAGAUUCAUGUAAAUUGUAUUCCAAAGGAAGUUGCAUCAUUGCGCCAAUGAAGGCGAAUAAGCCUCAAAACCAAUCGAUUUCAAACUCAUCAAGGGGUCAUACCUAGUAGAUAGAUAUAACCGGGUAGAUUGGAAUAAUUUGCACAGCAACUAAGCAAAUGUUUUCUUUUUUUUCGCUGUAAAUGCAUCUCAAAAUGAAAAGAGCAAAUAGAAAUUCUAGAAAGUUUAAAUGGAUUUUGAAAAUGUCAGAAAGACCUUAACAAUUUUUUGGAGAGUAGGCUUUUGGAAAUUGUUUAAAUUUCUAGAAAAUUUCAACAUUUCGUUUGUUUCUGAUAAUUAUUAAAAUUCGUAUAUUUUUCUAUAAAUAAUGCAAGGUAACCUUAAUUUAAAAUUUCUUCAAAUGGCGAAAGUGGGGUUUAAGAAGAUUUUGUGUUUUUAGAAAGUUAAAGAACAUUUUCUGAGGUUGAAUAAUAUGACGGGAAUGUCAAAUGAUUGAUUAAUAAUGCUAUAUACACCUUUGUGAAUUUCUAUAGGGUGAUAGUAGAUAAUUAAUAAGUUCAUGUGUUUCACUACUUUCGAAUAAUUGGUUUUUUUAAAAAGCGACGUCAUAUAACUUGGUUUCUUGAUAAGGUUAUUUCAUCGGCACAUCUGAUUUCACCUCUGUUUUUAAAUUAUGUGAAAUUACAAAAAAAAAAAAAAACUAAAAUCAAUAGCCAUCACAUUAUGAUCAAAAAGAGUGUGAUUUGUGCGGUUUUAGGUUGCUCAUCACAACUCUUACGUAACUUUAUUGUGGUGAUAAAAGGCGUCGUUAAAAAUCGACAAAAUAGUUACAAAACACAGUCCAAAUAAAAUAAUUAGGGGUGAUCUUUUUUGUCGUAAAUACAAUUAGUAGUUCUUAAAUUAAAAAUCAUUACUGGCAUCUAAUCAUUAAAUAGGAAGAAAGGGUAUGAGGCAAGAGAGAGNUUUUUUUUUUUUAAAUAAUGUUAGCCUAGCAAUAACAAACUAAUACAAUUUCAAUUUUAGCCCGAUAAUUCUUCGCAUUUUUUUAUCAAAGUAUUUGACCAAAUCCAGGGAUUUAUUUAGAUAAAUUAAUUUUUAGCAGCCACAUUAUUGUUUUUUUUUUUUUUGGAUUUAAGUUAUAAAAUUGGUUCCCAUUGUGCUGCUCGGUGGCUUUUGUGUAAAAAAAAAGAAAAUGUAUAUUUUUUCCGAAAUUAAGGAAACUAGUUCUAAUUACACAAACUACACAAACGCCUGGUGUUGUCUAGGGCGUUAUCUUUUCCUCCUUUGUAAUUGGUCCAAAUUUCAAAUAUUUAUUUCGUAACUGGAUGAAUUCAAAAGCCGGGGAUUUACCCCCCCCCCCAACCUCCCGUUUUAGGUUGGAAAUAGCUGCUUACUUUUUCUCCUAUCUAGACGCCCCUGGUAGCAAAUAGUUGGGGGUAUUUUAUGGUAGUGAAGGGGAUGGGAAAGAUGAUUUAUUUGGUGUUUUUUUUGGAGGGAUGCAUUUUUUUUUUUUAAUCGCGUCGGGAGUGUGGGCUUAAGAGGUAGCGGGAUUUGAAAAGGGGGGCUUUACCAGGAAACUACAAUAUUUAAAUUCACGUCUCUUGUUUAAAAUUUAUAUCAAUAAGAAAAAUAAAAGAGACUCACAAGACUAGAUUAUGUUAUAAUAAACAGUAUGAAGUCUGAAAAUACCUUUUUUUUGUUCAUUACGGCAGCGAAAUGGUUGUUAACUUAUUUGUAUAUCAACACUGGUCUUAUCUAUUUCUAAAAAUAAAACCUAGUCCCCAAUGGUACAAAAGCAACGUAGACCACUGACUCAUCGAAACUGCUACCCCUAUCCCCCAUUUGUGAAAGAGGACUCAGAUGAUGAUGACGAUGGUAACACAAGUGAAGAAAAUGUAAAUUCCAAUAAAAAGGGUAAGUAAUUUAGAGUAUGAAAGAAAGUUCAUAAGUUCCUUUUUUCUUCGUAACUUCAAAGUUGAUCGUUACUUUGUUCCGUUAUGUUUUCUUAUAUCUGGCAGCGAAUAUGGUUAACAUUACUAAACUGGUGAAAUUUCUAUUCGAUUUUUUAACAACAUUUUUUAAUGUCUUCUCUCAAAUUGAAAUUUUAUUUCCUGUUAUAACUGACUUGAUUAAUAAUUUUUUUUUUUUCAAUCUGGGAAUCUUUGCAAUUUUUUUUAAAAUGGCGUAUCGUUGUUUGUCAGUUAUUUCCAGUGGGAUGUAUCGAACACAUGUGGCACCCUGACUAGAACUAAAAUAGUUGACCACCCACCCACCCCCCCCCCACAUAAAAAUAUCAAAAAAUAAAAAUAAUCAAGGUCUGAGAAACCAAUUAUUGAAUAUUAAAUAUUUGGAGUAGAAAUAAACUCAGGUUAAAAAUAGAUAGCUACUCGUAUAACAACAUUGUUAUUCUUUUCAACAAAAAACGAUUAUUUUAUCAAGGGAACAAUAAUUUUAUUCCGUCUCGCCUACGUUGCACCCUCCUACCUUUCAAGAAGCGCCCAAGGCUGGUACCAUGUCCUGACACACCCUUGGUAUGCCUCUGAUUUCAAAGCCAUCUUAUGCUGCAAAAUCAAUGUUAUCAUAGGCACAUAAAUUUAAUCCAAGUGCUCAAAUCUAAGAUAACUGGUUUAUUUUGAUACGAAAUGAAGAAAAAGAAAAAAAAAUAAAUACUUAAAAAAUGUUGUUACCAAGCAUAUGUCAAAUGUUACAGCAGGGUUCAUGAUUUGAAAUGUCUUUAUUAAUUCAGACAUUUACACUUAUUAAAAAUCUUUCUCUAAAUAUUUUAACAUUGUUAACAAAAAAAAAAAAACAAAAAAAAAAAAAAAACAAAAAAAAAAAAAAUCAUUAGUAUCUUGCGUGACAGCAUAAGCCAAAUUAGAUUAAUCAGAUAUUUUUUUUUAAGUUCAAUUUAUUCAUAUUUUAAAAUUUCCUUUAUGGUUCGGUCCAUUAAUUAAAAAAAAAAUAUCAUAGUUGUUUAUUAAAAAUUCAGCCAGGAAAAUUUAUAAUAAGUCUUCAAAUUUCCAGUUUUGCAUUAUAUGAAAUCCUUAAGAUUUUGGGGGGUAUCUUUCCGUCUUCAUAAGAUAAUUUUGUAAUUUCUGUAAUAUAGAGUCUUUCUAUAAUGGAUUAUGGGGACCAUCUAGGAUGGCAAUCUCUGGAUACACUUCCUUUUAAGAUAUUGGAUUGCAAAAAAUGGCAACUGCAAAAAUAGUGGUAUUUAAUUUAUUUCUUGAAACUCAUCCGAUCAUAAGAGCUACAGCUAAAAAGUAUUAUCUUUCACUCCGUGUAGAACCAUUUGACAUAAUAUUAUUUAGACAUAUGAACAGUGUAAUAAUUUGUGAAAUUUUUAAUAACAUAAUAGGGGUUCAUAUAAGACACUUUAGUGACAUUGUAUGCAAUAAAGUUUACAAUGCAUGUCCAUUGAUGGAAAAUUUGUAUAAGUAAUUCAAUCUAUCUUAGCUUGAAAAAUGUAAGUAACUUUAGGAACAUAAAAGGGAUUUUUAAAGUCUUGUUGCAUCGAUAAUUGCUACAGGUAAAUUAAUCAAACUUUCUAAACAUUACAAUAGAUUUAGGCCUAUAUUUUAACAAAAACAGCUUAGCAUUGGCGAUAAAUUGGAAUUUUUUAAAUCUGUCUUCUCUUCACUUCUAAAUGAAGUUCCUAGUGGAGGUCUUCGGCGUAGUGAAACAUACUCAGGGGACUUCAAAACUCACGUAUGUUACUAAAUAUUACUUUUAAUUUUAUUUAAAUGGAACGGCGCUUUUUAGUGCUUUACAACAGUGGUCAGCCCUUGCAUGAAAAACAUGUCAUUGCAUCUUUAGCUUGUUUAUCAAGUUAAAAUUUUAUAUAGCUAAAAAUUACUUUAAUUCACACUCAUUAAAUUUGUUAAAAUGAUGUAAUAACCAGUCAAUUUUUAGGAUAAAAAUUUAAAUAGAGAAAACAUGAUUGUUGACGUCAACUAAUCUAACCCCCCCCCUCUCCCUUGUCAACAAUUGUCAAACAUUUCCAGUCCCCCUCCCCCCAUUUUGUUGACAUAAUUAAUGUACGACCCUUAUGUUCCAGAUACGUUUUUACAUAUGCUUUGAUGGAUCUUGACCAAACGUGGCACACAUAUCCAUCAUUAUCCUGAAUCAAAUAAAGUGGCUUUUUAAACGUUUAAAAAUGUUCCGUUUUGGGCCGAGGCCCUCAAUUCGUUUUCUUUUUCUUAUAUGAGGCUUAUAACUCAAAUUACCAACAAAUAUUCCUGCAUGAAUAUCCAUCAUUAUCCUGAAUCAAAUAAAGUGGCUUUUUAAACUUUUAAAAAUGUUCCGUUUUGGGCCGAGGCCCUCAAUUCGUUUUCUUUUUCUUAUAUGAGGCUUAUAACUCAAAUUACCAACAAAUAUUCCUGCAUGAAUAUCCAUCAUUAUCCUGAAUCAAAUAAAGUGGCUUUUUAAACUUUUAAAAAUGUUCCGUUUUGGGCCGAGGCCCUCAAUUCGUUUUCUUUUUCUUAUAUGAGGCUUAUAACUCAAAUUACCAACAAAUAUUCCUGCAUGAAUAUCCAUCAUUAUCCUGAAUCAAAUAAAGUGGCUUUUUAAACUUUUAAAAAUGUUCCGUUUUGGGCCGAGGCCCUCAAUUCGUUUUCUUUUUCUUAUAUGAGGCUUAUAACUCAAAUUACCAACAAAUAUUCCUGCAUGAUUGAAUGGAUCUUGACCGAACUUAGUGCACAUAAACUUAGAUCUAGGCCUAUCUUGAUAGCACUACCCUUCAUAGUCAGUUUUGAAACAUCGGUGGAAUUAACGCCGCUAACAACAUCCAAUCUAUUCAGGGCCAGUCUAAAAUUUUCCAAAAAGUCUGAUCAUUUAGAAGGCUAAAUCUAUAGCAUUUUUAAACUGUUUUAAUGGGCUAACUUUUAAAUUUUAACUCCAUUAUUUAUCUGUAUGAUUUUUAAAGGCUCCAACUAUCUGAGGCAUAACUAAAGCGAUAUCUUAUGGAAUGGGCCCCCACCGGGCCCCUAUAUUAACUUCAAUGAAAAUAGUUAUAGUUAGGGCACUUAGUUGUAGAAUUGUUCCGUUCGAAAUAUAAUAAUUGCCUAGAAAAGUCAUUUUAACACAUUUCUCAUGUAAUCUAGAAUGUUCCAGUAAGUUCUAUAUUUUCCACGGGUGAGAUUGAAAAGCUUAUUGAAAUAUUAGUUAAGUUACUGGAUGGCCGAAUGGUCUAAACUGAGCAAACCUCAAGUUGGUGGUCUGGAGUUGACAAAGCCCAUUGACAAAUUCUGAGGAUUUUGCAAUAUAGAUAAAUUUAUCUUCAUUCUUAUCAAAUUCAAACUUUUAACUACUAGAGUUAAUAUAUUGUAAUGUAUACAUACUAGAUAUAGCACACCAAACAAUGGCGACAGCAAUGCGUGAACUUCCCAUCUACUAAAAUUACUUGACAAAACAUAAACUCAAGUAACUUAGGAAUCCCAAUUUUUGCUACACAUCUUCCCCAUAAUACUUCACUGAAUACACGUAUCUAUCUAUGUGUAUACCUAUGUACAUGUAAAGUUUUACUUACAUUCACAGUAUUAAUAUGUGUAAAUAAAUACAAACCUUAAAUUUAAUUGUAAAGUAUAUAUAGGUUGUUGAAUGAAUGUGUGUGUCGGUAGGUAGGUAGGUGAUUACAGAAAUAUUAGAUAGAUAUGUUUAUACUUGUAUACAUUGGUUUCACUUACAUCCACAGUAUUAAUAAGUGUAACUAUAUAACAACCUUAAAUUAAACCUCUUUUCUGUGCUUGGGUGUAACAUUCUGUUAUGAAAAAAAAAAAUUCUUAAUUAUCAAUUUUUACAGAAACCCUUAGGUAAAAAGACCAGAAAUAUGAAUAAAUUGAAAAUUUUACCACCAAUUAAAAAUGGACCAACAGGUGAAGCUUACGUGUCGUGUGAAACGUUUAGAAUAAGUGAUAAGCCUCGUAAGUACUGUGUUAAUUGGCCAACAUUUUGUUUUUCUCUGACCCCCUCACUAAAUCGGUUGUAUUUAAUACAGCCAAUCUUUCUGUACCCUCUUCUUUUUAGCUAACGUAAAUUCUAUACAUAUGAAAUAGCGUAUACUUGAAUUAAUAGUUUUAUUUUCUAAGUAAGAAAAAACUUAUUUUUAUUAUUUAAGGAUUCUUUUGUAUUAUAAUAUCGUCUUUCUGUAUUAAAACAUUCAAAACAAACUCUUCUAGAAAAGAUAAAUUACAUCCCAACCAUGGGCGCCCGCAGAAAACUUUCUAGGGGGGGAGGGAGAGCAAAAAAAUCGAUUAACUUUCCAGGGGGGGGGGCAAAAAAUUUUUAGUCAUGUUUUAAUAUAGUUUUAAUUUAAUGUAGCGUAUUUGAAUGGUGAACAAACGGACAGGACAUCAGCUUAGUUACUUUCUCUUUAUUUUCUCUUUACUUUAAUACAUUUUGUGUCUAUUUUUGUCUAAAAAAAAAUGUUAUCCAAUCAAUACGGGGGGGGGGGGCAAGUGGGGGGGGGUGCAAGUGACCCCCUUGCCCCUACCUGCGGGCGCCCAUGAUCCCAACCAGCUGUUGUUAUUUACGGAAAUAUUUUUAAAUUUACAAGGGGCGCUGUAUACACUAAUAAGGUAUUUUCUAAAAGAAAUCCUCAAUAACAAUAAUGACAGCAAAGUGCCCAUUAAUUUAUUUCAUAUUCUUUAUUAAAAUUGACCUUAACAAAUCAAAGAACACGCUUUAUUUUCUUUCAUUCUGCUGAAAAUAAUGUGUACAGCCAACUAUGCAGCGAAGAAUUAAAGUUAGUUGUAAGGAUGACUGGUUACUGGCCUUUAAUUUAUAUUGCUAAAACAUCAUAUUUGCCUAGCUGGCUAGUUGCAAUGUUUCUUUAAAAAAAUGGCUUUCUUUAAUGUCUCGUAAAUACAGUGUGACAAAGUUGGUACAUACAAUUAAAAGGUACAGUAAGGCGUCAAUUAUCCAGACGGAGAAAAGCCAGAGGGUCGAAAAUAAUGAUCCCUCAAUAUGAAUUGUUUUAUUUAAUUUAUACACACACACGCACACACACGCGCACGCACGUACGUAUGUAGGUAUGUAGGUAUGUAUGUAUGUAUGUAUAUAUAAAUAUAUAUAUAUAAAUAUAUAUAUAUAUAUAUAUAAAUAAAUAUAUAUAUAUAUAUAUAUAUGUAUGUAUAAGUAUGUAUAUGUAUAUAUGUACACAUAUAUGUAUAUAUAUGUAUUUAUAUAUGUAUAUGUGUAUGUGUAUAUAUUAUAUAUAUAUAUAUAUAUAUAUGUAUAUAUAUAUAUGUAUAUAUAUAUAUAUAUAUAUAUAUAUAUAUAUAUAUAUUUAUAUAUAUAUAUAUGUAUGUGUAUAUAUGUGUGUAUAUGUGUAUAUAUAUAUAUAUAUAUAUAUAUAUAUAUAUAUAUAUAUAUAUAUAUAUAUAUAUAUAUAUAUAUAUAUAUAUGAGGAGUGGUACGAGAAUCGCAAUGGUCUAAAAGAGAUAAUCCGUGGCCUCAUUAUUUACAUACGAAUUAGAAAAGCCGUACGACGCGAUAUUCAAAGGAAGUCAACCACAAUUAGUCUGGUCUGGAUUAUCCCAUUGUUAAUGUAUUUCAUUUUAUUCAGUUGCGUGAUAACUAAUCAAACAAUGGCACAAUGUGUUCAAAAUAUGAAAGGGCUAGUAGGUAGUUUGAUUAAAUAAUUUACCAAGUAAUUAGAAAAAAGAACUAAUUUUUAAGUAACGCUUUUUAUAAUUUUUUUUUAUAGUCAUAUUGAUUUAAGCACUUAUAAUUUGCUUCAAACAUUGCGUUUGUUCUGUAGUGAGGAGCUUCGUACAAAAUUUCAUAUCGUUAAGGGAAAAUUGUUGUCUGUAAUCGGCUAAAGGAAUUGAAUAACUAAGUCUCCUUGAAAACUUAAUAGAUCGAAUCUUUAUUAACCUAGCUUCAAGGCUAUUCACCAGACAGGGCUGUCCAACAUUUGUGACUCCAUGGUUCCCUAAAAAGAGUUUGUUAUUUGUUUUUAAAUUUGGAUUUUGUGAAUAAAUUGUUUAAAUAGUUUAAUGUUAGCCACGCAUGUCUGAUAUGUCAGAAUUCUGUAAUUGGCUUAAGACAAUGUAUGUACAGAGGCAUUACAAGUCUGUGCAUGCAGGCUUUGAAAAACUUAAUCAAAUUGGAACAGAGGUUUGAGAAAACAAACUUUCUUUUUUAUCCCGACCACUGCUUUAAAGAAAUUGCUCCUUCUUUAUUGGCCAAAUCUAAAAACAAAGAUGAAAUCAAGCAAGUAUCAAGUAUUAAACUUUGUCAGCUAACAAAUUGAAAUUUCUUUAAACUAUCUGUACCCAAAGUUGUAUUUGAGAAACCGACUUGUGAUUUGAAAAGUUCACCUGGUUCUAGUCUUACAUUUAUUUAUAACGAUUGCAGCCAUUUAUGUCCCAACCAAUGCAAGACUGAAAGUUGGUCUGAAUGUCUGCUAGGAAGGGGGAAACUAUUUGCCCUCUAUCCUACACUGAGAAUACAUUUAUUGUUUAAAGCUGAAUAUAAUAUUAAUGUAAUAUUAUAUCUAAGUAUUAUUAUUUUUAAAAAUUAAUAUUUAAUAACCCUAAUCUUAUAUUUUUCCUCAUACUAAUGUUCUUCUUCUUCUUCUAUAUCUUAAGGGCCCACGAUCAAUUUAUUGAUCAUUUUGGCUCCUAUGCAUGUAGAUGGGAUUUGCAAUGUUUCUGUUACUGGUGGUGAUGAGGAAAUUAUGCACUAGGGGUUUGAAGGCUUGAUAUAGACACAAAUGUGUCUAGUGUUGUCGCCUCAACUGUUCCUUUUGAAAGAUGGUUCCAGUCCCUGAUUGUCUUGGGCAGGAAUGAGCAGCUCCUAUACUGGCUUCUUGCUGGUAUGAGCCUGAAUUGCCUGUCAUGGCCUCGUCGCUGUCUAUGUUUGUUGACUGAGCAAAUGUAGAUAACUUGCAAGAGUCUGAAAUUAUUUGAAGAAAACAAUUUUCAUAAUAAAUUAUGACCACAAAAUAAAAAUUGAAUCCACGGACUCACAUUCAAGGUGAAUUACCUAAAUAAAAGCAACUUGUUCAAGGAUUAUGUUGUAUUUAGUUGAUUUCAAAUCCCGAGGCUCUGAUAAAUUAAUCAUCAAUCAGAUUGGUAAAUUAUGAUGCAUGAAAGCGGGUCUCUACGUGGGUAGGAAAAAAAGAAUUUGAAAACCAAAAAUAAUAUAUUUUGUAGCUAGCUGGUUUCCUAUCUAUAGGUAUCUCACAUUAAAACCAGUAUGGCAUUAAGUUUAAGAGAAUACCUCUAUAUCAUCUUAUAUUUAUCGCAGCAAAAGCAAAGUCUUCAAAAGCUGUAAAGUGUGACAACUUUUUUUGGUCAUUUCUUUUUAGAGCAGUUAAUUUUUUUUUAAACAUCUUAUUGUUCGGCCAAUUUUCACAAUCCAACCAGUCGCACGUAGCCUGGGCUUGUCGUAAACUCUAACAAUAAUUUUCAAAGAUAAAUACAGUUUUAACAGCGCUUUGGAAAGUGAUUUGCUUUGUACCGUAUUACACAUGGACCCUGAUAUUAUAAUCAUCCCAUCAUUUAAUGGACAUCAUUUCAAAAUUUUAUUAAAUGACUUUUAAAUUCAUAUUUAAUUUCAUCAUGCAACAAGACUUUGACUACAUAAAUGAAUGAUAUAAUGGCUAAUGUUCUAAAUUAAAUACAUAAUAUGAUCUUAUUAAUAUUAAAUUACAUUUAAAACUUUAACAAAAUCCUACAUAGACAUUUUUUGAGUUUAUAUUCUUCAACAUUGUACAACGUCACUGAAAAUUAUCUAUUGCGGUGGAUUUCAUUUUUUUAAAAAUAAACACCAGUGGAAUAAAACGUUAUGUUUUCAUCAGUACAUUUCUUUGGCAUAAACAGGAUAAAUUGAUAUCUGUAUGAAAAUUGUAACCAACUAGGACAUGGCAUUUAAAAUAUGUCAACAUAGUUUAAACAUUGAACGCGUGUACAUUAGUUUGAAAUCCCAAUAACUUCUUGUUUUUUAGUAUUCAUAUUCCUUUCUUUUAACUAUAGUGUAUUACAUGGGACCUCCCACCGAUGUGCAUACCCCUCAAGAUUCGGGUUUUUUCUCUGAGAAUUCAGCUCAACAGAACAGAAGACCUUUGACAACCCAUUCGUCAAGCUAUAGGCACUGGGUAAAUUUGGUUAAUAUAAUUAAUAAACUUAACUCUGACGAAAACCAGGUAGACAUUUUUUCCACAGGGCUAGAAGACGGGUACGUAGACCUACUAAAAAUUAGCUUAGCUAUUUUGUCAGUCUGGGUGUUCCUUCGGAUGGUGGGCAUCCCGUAAAAUGACGAAAUCAAUGCACAUCAAACAAACGUAUGCUUCCUACUCAUCCUGGGGGUAUGGGUUGCAAUCGCCACAUGUAGGGUUACUUAUUUAAAAUGAUUUUUAAAAAUCAAUAUUCCCGUAAUUCCCAGAUAAUCCAAAGACUUCCCAAUAAUUUGUAAAGAAAUUUUUGUUUGAAAAGGUGAAUUACUACAGGCCAAGGUAACUUGUAUGCAACGCGAUGGGGCGCUAGAAGUGAUGUGUUUCACUGUCAUUUUAUAAAUUGAGUUGAGAUUCUUACAAUAUUUACAUGUAUUAUCCCCCCAAAAAAAUGUUUCAUUGUCUAUCUAUUUAUAGAAUACACAACAACAGAUGGAUUUCGUGCGACCUGAAUCAAAUGCGACAGACUUUCAGCUUAGAAAUGAGCGGCUGACUGUGGAGAAUGAACACUUACGGCAAAGGAAACAAGAGCUUGUACAUGAUCAAAUGCUGUGGCGUCAUGAUAAACAAGACUUUGAAAAUAGAAUAGUUAGGGUUAACGACGAAAUUUUAAAUCUAAAGAGUAAUCAUAGGAGAGAUAUUGAUGACCUUCAAAAACAGAAAAUUAUUGAAAUACAAGAUUUAAAGAUAAAAUGCAGAAUGGAGAAUAGGCUACAAAUGGAGCAGAAAAUUGAGGAUUUAAGGGGGGGAAAGGAUGACGAACUGAUGACUGAAAGAACUGAACGUACCAGAGUGGAAACUAAAUAUCAAAUCCUUCUCUCUUCAAAUGAAGAAUUCAAAAAACUUUACGAAGGAGCAGUCGCGAAAGAGCAGGCGACUAGAGACUUAUUGCAUCAAAGAGAUUCAGAAAACGCAGAAAAGCUAGAGAUAAAAAGCAAAGAACUUGAAGGAGCUAGAGUAGAGAUCAUCAAGCUAAAACAUGAUGCUGAAAUUGCUGCCAGAGACUACGACGCCUCAAAUAGGGAAAUGAUAUUGAAACAUGCCAGUGAGAUGAAGGAUCUUAAACACGAUUGUGAAAAAAAUAUGGCAAUGCAGAAGGAAGAAUCAUUACAGAGAGAAAACACAAG